AUGAAUAAUAGCCGCAUUUGCGUUGCGGUGCGUAAACGCCCAAUAGUUGAUGUGGACAAGGAUAUUGUUGUGGCGCAGUCCCCGCAUUUGGUUGUUAAUGAACCAAAAGUGAAGUAUGAUCUGACGCCAUACACGGAGCGGCAUCAGUUCACCUAUGACUGUGUACUGGAUGAGAAUUCCAACAACGCACUAGUGUAUCAGCACUGCUGCUCAAAGCUCAUUGAUACUAUAUUUAACCAAGGUAACGCUACGUGUUUUGCAUACGGUCAGACUGGCAGCGGCAAAACACACACUAUGCUGGGUAAUGAUCACGAGGCAGGUCUCUACGCUAUUGCCGCAAAGGAGAUAUUUGCACGAUCUGCCCCACUGAAUUCUGACGUUUAUGUUUCAUUUUACGAGAUUUACGGUCGGAAGAUAUUUGACCUUCUGAACAACAAAGAAAAGUUAGUUGCCCGUGAGGACGCGGACAAGGUCAUAAACAUAUGUGGGUUAACGGAACACAAGGUAACAGACAUUCAGGGGCUUUUUGACAUCAUUUCACGUGGAAGUACUUACCGUGCGGCUGGCCAAACAAGCGCUAACAACGAGAGUAGCCGGUCACAUGCCGUACUACAGAUAGAGGUACGUGACCCUAAUAAUCGACGUGGUAAAUCUAUUGGGCGUAUAUCUUUUAUUGACUUGGCUGGAAAUGAGCGAGGAGCGGAUACCUUUGACUGCGACCGCAAGACGCGUAUGGAGGGAGCGGAGAUCAACAAGUCUCUCCUUGCCUUAAAAGAAUGUAUUAGGGCAUUGGGAAUGGGCAAGUCGCACGUUCCAUUUCGUGGCUCUAUUCUCACAGAGGUGCUGCGGGACUCAUUUGUUGGUAAUAGCCGUACAACAAUGAUCGCAACCAUUUCUCCCACGUCAACUCACUGCGUGAACACCCUCAACACACUUCGGUACACUCAACGUGUAAAGGAUCUCGGUGGUGAGGCAAAAGCAGCGCCGAAUGAAAAGGCAGAGCGCCGUCCCGUGAGGAGAUCGAAACUAUUCGAGGCACCGCCACCUCUCAAGGCUCGCCCAGAAUGGGUUGACAACUUUAGCGCUAACGAUGAGGAGCGCGGCGCGGAAGAGGAGGCUAACAGCCAAGCUGAUGUCUCGAAAGCACCACCAAAACCUCGUGCCAAUAAAAUGGUCGGUAGCGGAGCAACUGGAGGCGGGGCACCGUCGGCUGGCGGCGCCAACAGGGGUCGGCCACCAAAGCGUGAGGUGGUUGUAAGGGACCCGAAGAUCGCAACGAUUGUUCAAAAUCACAUCUCAGCUCUUGAUGAUGAUAGUGAUGAAACUGAUGAGGAUGAAGAAGAGGCGCCAGCAGCAGGUGCUGUGCUAGAUGCCUUGGCCAAGAGUGAAGAGAAGCAGGUGCGCAAAGUUCAUGCCCAUGUUGUGGAAGAAAUCGCCAAAGCAGAAGAGAAACUGGUGGCUCUGCACCGUCGACACAUUGACGCUAAAAUGACAGGCAUUAAGGAUGAGAUACGUGCCAUCCAGGCUUUUGAAGAGUCUGACUCUGUAGAUGAGUACGUGGGUCGUGUUCGCACUCUGCUGGUGAAGCAAAAGCAAGAUGUGGAAACAAUUCUUGAUUUGCUUAACGGUAUCACUGGCAUGCUCCGUGAGGAAGAAGAACUUUCUUGCACCCUGAACUCUUCCAUGAAGAGACGCAAUUAA